AUGGCUGCGCGUAGUUGGCAGUCUUCUCACUGCAAACGGACGCGCGUGCUGCGGCAUCUGUACUUCACCAGCGGCCGCCACUACUGGGAGGUGCUGGUGGAGCGCAUGGCGGACCCUCGGGGCGUCGUUGUGGGCGUAGCGCCGUCCGACGCGUUGGAGACUGGGACCCAAGAGGAGGCGGUGGGGUACGCUGCGACCGGUGUGAUCUUCCACAGCGGCGAGGAAGUCUGCAGAGCGCAGGCCUUCGCUGUGGGAGACACGGUCGGAGUGUACCUGGACAUGAACACACGGCAGGUGGCGUUCUUCCUGAACGACGAGGCGCAGCUGGACCCUAGACAAGAGGCAGAGCAGGAGACGACCGCAGGUGGACGUGAUGCCGGCGAUGACGCGCUCAGUCGUGUUGGCAAUGGGGUGGCUGGUGCAGCUGAUCCGGACCUGGAGAUGAAGACUCCUACGUACUCAGUGGAUGCAAGGAGGAUAUCGUGGUACUCCUUCAGAGCUCGCUCCAUGUUUGCAGCUCUUGGCGUCUCCUCUGGCGCGGACAGUCUCGUUGUGGUGGGGUCAGAGGUGCCCGAUGGCUAUCGAUAG